GAUACGCAACGUUGUGGCGCAUCAGUGCGCGACGCGAUCUGUGGAUGGAAGGUCAUCGUGUUUUAUCGUGCUAACACGCCAUUUUUACAAAUUGGAAAUUAUCACAACAGAAUGAAGGAUGACAGGGGAAUUGUGACAGAGUUUUGCAAGAUCGUCCAACGGUUCCCAGACUUGUAUGACCACAACUCUGAUACGUACAGAAGAUGGUGUGCCGAGAGUGCCUGGGAGAACGUAGCGGAAUGCGUCAGGAAUGAACUACAUGAAGAAUGCACAGUGGAAGAAUUAAAACUGAAAUGGAAAGGAAUACGGUCUUCAUACAACAGAUAUAAAAACAGGGUCUACAAGAGUAAAUUCGACCCAAGGCCGUUUAAGGACUAUUAUUUACACAACACCUUGAAAUUUUUAGAUCCCUUUAUAAAACCGAAAGGGGCGAUUCCUAACGUGACAGACACACAAAUUGUAUUUGAAGAAUGUUACGACCAAUCAAUGCUCGAUGACAAUAUAUCAUCAGAGUAUGCAGCUAGUUCGACUUGGGCUGAGGCAGAUGUUGAUAUAAAACCAGAGGUACUGCAGAAAAAUGAUAAAGAUGAUACUGAUAGAACAGAGGACUCUUUUAAUACAAAAUCUAAGAAGAGAAGACGUGAUGACAGCGAUGUAGAUGAGGAAAAUGAAGAUUUGCAGUUUUUCAAAAGUAUUCUACCUGAUAUAAAAGAUUUUACGGCUAAAGAGAAACGCAAAUUAAAAAUGAGUAUUUUGAAAGUGAUAGAUGAGAUUGAUAAUGAAAGAAAAAGUGCGCGAGAAAGUUAAUUUACAAAUAAGUAUU